AUGCCUGGCCUGCUGAUCGGUUGCAGCUUCGACCGCCGCGGCUUGGGCGUCUCGCCGGUUGUGAACGACACGCUCGUGUCCCUCGCCGCGGAGCGGGUCACCGUCUCCCGAGACUGGGACAUCUUCGAGGAGGACUACCUCGGGGCCGACGACCUGGGGCGGUCCCUGGCCAAGGGACCAGCGCCCGUGACGGCGGGCGCGUCCUUUCACUACCUGGUCGACCACUACCGCUUCGGUCAGGACAGGCAGUAUUGCGUGGGCCCCGGGGAGGCUCCCGCGCGGGGCCUGAGUCCUGCCGGGGCGGUGGCCCCUGUGGCUGUGUCGCCCGCGGCGGGCGCGAGUGCCGGGCCCGCCGCGAAGUGGUGCGCGAUGGAGUCUCGUGACAGUGUGGGGCUUGGUGACGGUCCCUCCGGCUCGCUGGGGUUAGUCGAGUUCGAGUCCGACGUGCGCCGCACCUUCAAGCGGAAGGACAUGAGGCUUGUCGACCUCGGAAGAAGCUGGGAGAUCGAGGGUCCGUGCUCGACGUCUUGCCCGGCGGAGCGGAUCUACGAGGGCACUCACAGCUCGAGGCAACGGCACUACUGGUGGCGCCCCGUGCUGGGGCCGUCGGCGACGGACGUCGACGUGGACAAGUACUUGCUGGUGUCCCAGCCCCUGGAGGUGGACAUGACGAUCGAUCCGAUGCAGGUCUGCAACUCUGUGACGCUCGGGCCCCCGAGCCGACGUGUUCAGACGUGGGAGAGCGCCGACAAGGAUUUGCUACGAGAGGUGGACACAGGCGGCUCGGACGGUGACGACGGGCUGAGCGAGCGCUCGCUGCUCUUUGACGUGAUGACUCUGAGGAGCAGCGCUUUCGUCAUAUCUGAGCUUGAAGACUACGCGGCGAAGGAGCUGGCGGCCUCCGCCGUCGUGCUGACGGAGCGCGGCAAGGCGCGCGAGGAGGCCGCGGGCUUUUGCCAGGGGUUCAGGGCUGGCAGGUGGUGCCACCCUGAGGCGUUUUCAGCUUCGCAGCAGAUGGGGCAGCGCGACGUUCUGCCGAUCUCCCUGGCGGCCGCCUCGGAGGUCUGUGCUGGGGGUGCCAGCGGGCUGGGCCUGCCCCAGAGCCAGCGGCGGCGGCUUCGGCGUCGACGUGCUCAGGAGGGCUGGCUGUUCGAGGGCAUCCGCGCCUUGAACGAGCUGGGCGCGCCCGAGCCGCUGGCGACCUCGCCUGCGUCCUUGACUUCUGCUCAGGUCUCGGCCGUUCGACACCUUGCUCGGCAGUGCGGAUCCGUCGUCGCUCCCCCGCCUGACUGCGGGAGCGCCCUGGGAGCGUGGGAGGCGCUCCAGGGCACGCGGCCCGGCUACGCGGAUGACGCGAUGGCCAUCGGUGCUCGGGCGAACUUCGAGCGGGGGAACGUGUCGCUCCCCGCGGGGCUCUCUGGGCGAGUUGCGCUGAGUGAGUGCCUGCCGCCCGCCCUGCAGUCUGCGCUUGAAGAUC